GCCAGGGAAGCCAGCUCUGCGGACGGAGAGGCUAAAAUGGCAGCAGAAGGAGGCAGCCAGGAGCCCCAGAGGCUGCGCUGCUAGCGAGGCUCCAGAGCAUCCCUCCUGGCAUGACUCUCCCCUGGAUCCACGAGCGGCUGUUUCUGCGUUACUUCAUGCAACUUCUGUAUACUACCCGAAUCCCCCAUUUGUGACACUGGAGCAUAAAGAAAUACUGCAUUUUUGAACAGUUAUAUUCAGUCCUCUUCUCUGAAUCCUUCAGCAGUUUCAUUUUUGAACAGCAAACGGAGAACCGCUCGCAUUGGUGCUGCUGCUCCAGCUGCGUGCGUGUGUGUUGUUAAAAGGAUGGUGUUUCUCUAGCUGCCACGCACAAAACAACACAUUUGACCAUGAGGACUCUUCGCAGGUUGAAGUUCAUGAGUUCGCCCAGCCUCAGUGAUCUGGGCAAGAGAGAGCCAGCAGCCUUGGAUGAGCGGGGGACACAACAGCGACGGGCCUGCUCCAACGCCACCUGGAAUAGUAUCCAUAAUGGAGUAAUAGCUGUAUUCCAACGCAAAGGACUUGCAGAACAUGAACUUUACAAUCUCAAUGAAGGUGUCAGGCAGCUACUGAAAACUGAGCUGGGAUCCUUCUUUAGUGAAUAUUUACAGAAUCAGUUGCUCACAAAAGGCAUGGUGAUCCUCAGGGACAAGAUCCGGUUUUAUGAAGGACAGAAACUUUUGGAUACCUUGGCUGAAACAUGGGACUUCUUUUUCAGUGAUGUCUUGCCCAUGCUUCAGGCUAUAUUCUAUCCUGUGCAGGGAAAGGAGCCGUCUGUUCGCCAACUGGCUUUGUUGCACUUCAGAAAUAUUAUAGCUCUCAAUAUUAAAUUGGAAGAUGCUUUGUCCCGUUCCCGAGCAAGGAUUCCUCCUUCAAUCAUUCAGAUGUUGCUUAUUCUACAGGGGGUUCAUGAAUCAAAAGGAGUAACUGAAGACUAUUUAAAACUGGAAGUCCUGUUACAGAAGGUUGUUUCCCCCUAUUUGGGCACAUAUGGCUUAUACUCCAGUGAUGGGCCUAUCACACACUCUUCGUGCAUUUUAGAACUACAGAAAGAUGAAGCAGAAAAUGCAGCUAUGGGAGAGAUCACAAGCUCAUUUGCAUCUGUAUCAAACAGAGAUGCUGAUGUCAGUAUGACUCAUCCGUAUUAUGAUGUGGCAAGGCACAACAUCAUUCGCUUUGCGGGCGAUGACAAGUUGGGUAGAAAGGUGAUAGUGUUCAGUUGUUGCCGUAUGCCUCCUUCCUACCAGCUUAAUCACAGUCGGUUAUUAGAAUAUUUAAAGUAUACUCUGGACCAGUAUGUGGAAAAUGACUACACAGUUGUCUACUUUCAUUAUGGCCUGAACAGUCAGAAUAAACCCUCUCUGAGCUGGUUGCAAAGUGCUUACAAGCAAUUUGACAGGAAGUAUAAGAAAAAUCUGAAAGCAGUCUAUAUUGUACAUCCAACCAACUUCAUAAAAAUUAUUUGGAACAUCUUUAAACCUCUAAUCAGUCACAAGUUUGGGAAGAAGGUCAUCUAUCUGAAUUAUUUAAGUGACCUGAGAGAGCACCUUAAAUAUGACCAGCUGAACAUCCCUGAAGAGGUUAUUCGGCAUGAUGAAAAACUUCGGACUAAACAAAAGAAGAAAACAUCUGCCCCAGUAAAGCUUCCUCCACCAAGACCUCCUCUCCCGACUCAGCAGUUUGGAGUCAGCCUCCAAUACCUCACACUUAAAAACAAAGGUGAAUUAAUCCCACCAGUGAUGAAACACACAGUAGCUUAUUUGAAGCAAAAAGGGCUCAAAGCAGAAGGACUAUUUAGAAGGUCAGCUAGCAUACAAAGUAUUAAAGAAAUUCAGAAACUUUAUAAUCAGGGAAAACCUGUUAACUUUGAUGAAUACGGAGAUAUCCACAUCCCUGCUGUUAUCCUUAAGACUCUGCUGAGAGAACUCCCUGAGCCUUUACUGACCUUUGAUGCAUAUGACCCAAUUCUUGGAAUUACCAGUGUGGAAAGUAGCUUACGUGUGUCUAGAUGUAAAGAAAUUGUCCAUACACUUCCUGAGCAAAAUUAUGCUGUUCUGAAGUUUCUAAUAUGUUUUCUCCAUAUGGUGUCACAAGAAAGCAUUUUCAACAAAAUGACUGGUUCCAAUCUUGCCUGUGUUUUUGGCUUAAAUUUAAUCUGGUCACCCAAAGGUGCUCCUACUUUCAGCACUUUAGUACCUAUAAACCUUUUUGUUUCGUUAUUGAUAGACUUCUAUCCCACAAUCUUUGGUUCACGGGUUGUAUCUGGUGAACAGUUACCAUGAAAGAAAGAAAGAAAGAAAGAAAGAAAGAAAGAAAGACAAUUGGAAUGUGGCAGUGGGAAGAAGAAAAACAGCAUUCCAAGCAAGAUGUUAUCGGACCAGAUGUUCUUUAUACAUAAAACGAACCACUUUAUAUGGAUCAGCUUUAUAUCACGUUUGACCAUGGCCUCUCAAUCUAAUUGACUACAGUAUCUGUCCCCUGGCUCUUUUAUCUGAGAUCCCUUUGGAGAUGGAACCUGGAACCUGUUUCAUGCCAGAAUCUUUCUUCUACUGCGCUGUGUCCUCUUCCUAAUCAAAUGUCAUAGGUAAAAUUGAUGUGACUUGGAGCAUGCUCUCUUGGUGAUGAUAUCACAGAUUUGGUCUUCAGAGAGUUUAUGUUUUUCUGGAAGGUAGCAAAACAUAUUUUAUAUCAAAAGGUUUGGGUGCACUAGAGAUUGUUGUGCUUCCAUGAUUAGCUGUUUUAUUACUGUAAUUAUGCUGAUUAUUUAUUAUUUGUUUAUUGUAUCAUCUGCAUCUCACAGUGCAUAGUUUUGGUACAGAAGAGCUGCAGGAUAGACUCUUUACCAUGUGGAUUGUAGCUUCUGGCAUUACCCAGACAAUGCAGGAAUGAACUGCACCAGGAAUGAGCUUCAUGGUGGUGGUGAUGGUGAUGAUAUAUUUCUGUUCUAUGGGGAUGUGCUGUGUAUAAUUAAACAUUUCUCUAAAGGUGAAGGAAUAACUGAAGGAAUUUCUCCCUUCUGCCAGAUGUUUUCCAAAAUGAUACCCACUCCUGCACAACUGCCAAUAAUCUGGAAGACUAGGUACCUUUCCCCUUCACCUGUCCUAUGUAACAUCAGGAAGGAAGGAGACAGUUGAGGACCUAGAAGGCUGUGACCUUUCCCCAUUGACCUCCUUGCACAACAUUGAGGGGGGAAAGGCAGCCAAGGACUGAGAGUCUGUUACCUUCCAAAAUCCUUUCCUGGCUCUUCUGUAUCCACUUGUUCUGUGACAUUAAGGGAGGAGUCUGUGUGAAGACUUGGGGAAACACAAGAAAGAUGCUUCAGGAGGAUUCUCCUUGUUGGUGUUUUCAGAAACUCAGAAAGUCCUAUUUGCUUUUUGCCUGGAGUGUUCAAAUAUUCCUUACAUCCCUACUAAGCUCCUUAUCUGAAUUAUGCUAUAACUGUCUCAUAAAAAGAGUAAAACCAGUCAGUCUUUAGCUGCUGAAAAAUAUGUCCAUAAAUUACAUAUAUAACCAA